AUGGCAGAACAAUUGAAAUCAGCAAUUGAAGAGUUCAAUGAAUUGCAUCCCAAUUGCACGGGAGUGUUCUGUUUCGACCAGAGUUCCAAUCAUUCCGCAAUGCCAAAUAAUGCACUGAAUGCAUUUAAAAUGAACCUUGGACCUGGUGGAAAGCAGAUCAUCUCGCAUGAUACUGGCUAUUAUGAUGCAAAUGGACAGUGGCGAAUUCAGCGUAUGGUGGACGGUGACGGUCGUGCUCGUGGUCUUGAGGCAGUAUUGAAGGAGAGGUGUCUUUGGCCAGAGCAAGGAUUGAAAAAGAUGUGUCAAGGAGAAAACCAAGGCAAUUGCUGUGCAGUGCACUUAAUGGCAGAGCAACCAGACUUCAAAGCUCAAAAAUCGCUUCUUGCUGAAAUAUGCGAAAGCAACUAUAUGAUUUUUGAGCUUUAUCCAAAAUCAAAAAAGAAUUGUAUCACCCCAGACCCAAAUUAUUUGCCCAUAUUCGGACGCCAUACGGGCCUCUACAAGCUCUACGGAACAUACCCUGUGGCCUCUGCGGUGUCACGCCGUGCACACCAAUGGGAAGAUAUUAUCAGACAGUAUAACGAUGGAGAGUUGACAACGACAACUGCUCAACUGGCUGCGAUCUGUGCUCGCAUGAACGAGGAGCACCAGAAAAAGCUUGAAGAGAAGGUCAAGUGCAUGAACCAUAUGAUGGAGCAACCGGCUCCUAUGGAUCUAGAUGUUCGUCAGCAGCUUGGGAGAGCUUUCAGACGCGAGAUCAUGUCGGUUAACCACCGUGCUAGCGUGGCCAUGGGAUGGAAUGUCGGCACGCUCAUGUCUCCCCAGUUUGAGACCGAUUGGAUGCUUACUACACCUAUAGUCUCAUCUACUCAGAACGCAUUGAAUAAGAUUGGAGGGCGUCCAAACUUCCAUCGACAUUGUCAAGGAACAACAGGCGGACCUCGUUUGACCAGAAAGCCUACCAAAAAGAAAAGCACGGUUAAGGACCUCAUGAUUGAACUCUGUAACAACGAAGUCGACAAAAAUUUGACAAAGUUUCCGUGGAAAAGUUUCAAGAGGGUGUCAAACGGUGGGAUAAUUCGCUACAGAAAUGAAACAUUGGGGUGCGAAUUCACGGGUUUUGAUUUUGGCGAAAAGGCGGAUACUGCUUUGUGCCCGAGUGACAUGCCGUAUAAGAGAUGGUCAGAGCUGUAUGAUGCCCUUAUCAAUGGCCAAAUUAGUUUUGAAAAGCUUUAA